GACGUCCGGUGGUUUUCUAGCCUGAUACUUUGACGGUUCCAGCGUAACGGCCUGAAGCUGCGCAUAGUGAUUGUAUCGAGUGUUCUUCCGCAGUUGAAUAGCUUGAUCACUCUAUCAUUGCAUCGCAUCGCGGUUCUGCUACCUGCGAAGUGUUGGAAUCGCAGACAUCGAGGGAGGCAACAAGCUCAGGUCACGUUUGGGGUUCGCAAGAUGGUGAAAUUCACCUUCAAGCCCUUUAAAAGCCAGAAGUCUCCUGCAGAUUCGGCGUCAGAGGAGCCGCAGAAUGCCUAUCAGAAACGCAGAGAGCAGGUGCGCAGGGCACAGAAAACCCACCGCGAACGCAAAGAAGCCUAUGUAAAGUCGCUGGAGAGCGAAGUCAUUCAGCUCCGCGCCAAUGAAGCUCGACUCUUCCAAGAGACAAAGACGCUGUAUGCCGAGAUCAACGCGAUGAAGACCCUUCUGGCGCGAAACGGCAUCGCUAUUCCAUCUGGCGUCUCAUCGCCACCCCGAGAUCAAGAUUCGGUGGUGGAAGAGCGAUGGGGAGGGGAUGCGAACACAGCAGAAAGAGAAGUGACAGGAGGAGGCAUGUUCGAAUUCAGCGUGACAGAAAAGACAACCAAGCAAUCGCACGAGCGCAUAGUCGUCCGGCGUCAACCGCGAAAGAGGAGUAACGAACGCAGCACGACCGCGCUCGCCUCCGACCAUUCUUCCCCUCCCUUCCCAGCAACCUUCAACACUCCACUGUCCAGCUCCAGCUCACCUUUUGCACUCGUCAGCUCGCAAGACCCCACAGCCAUCGGCAUGGACUUCAUCCUAAGUCUCGAAGCCCCCUGUCUAGGCCACAUACCGCACACAGACGCAAACGACAACGCCUCGCCCUCCGGCCACGCCCUCAUGGCCAGUGCAACGCUCCUGCAUUUCCACGACCCACACACACCGUCCUCGACUCAUUCUCACAACCAAAGCCAAAGCCCAGCCUGGACGGUCCCCGAGUCCGGCGUCCAGCGCCUCCUCGAGCUGGCUCGCAGCAUCCCGCUCGACGGCGAAGUGACGCCCGUGCAAGCCUGGGCCUGCAUCCGCCAACAUCCGCAGUACGAGAGGCUGCGGUUGGAGCGGCUGGAGGAAAUGAAGUCGGCGCUGCUGGUGUGGGUCAAGUGCUACGGGUUUGGUGGCGUGGUGCCGCUGGAUGUAUUUGAGGAUAUUAUCAGAGGCGGUUUUGCCUAGAGGCGGAGUUGGGUGGUGGGAUUUCUUGGGGACAAAACGGUAGGGGAGCUUGUUAGGAUUGGACUGGCCUUCGAAGGCGCGUUUCCAAGUCUUGCAAUAAGUCUAUGGGAAAGUCUAGCGGGUGAGGAGAACAUGGUAAGGUAUACAGAGUUCACAC